UACUUGGACAAUUGAUUACGGUUUUUAAACCACUUAUUUAUAUGGAAACCGAUAUAAUUUAUAAAUGUCAUGACGAAGGCGAUUGCAUGUACUUCAUAGCUAGUGGAACAGUUGCACUAAUUACGUUUUGGGGUAAAGAAAUCUGCCAUCUUGAAAAUGGCAAUCAUUUUGGUGCAGAAGUUUUAAUUAAUUCUCAAAACCGAAGAACUGAAUCUGUUUUAGCUUUGGAAAUAUGUGAACUUUUGCGUUUAAAUCGUCGAGAUUUUAAACGUCUUAUUUAUCACGGGUCUGAAUUAUAUACGAGAAUUAAAAAUGAUAUAAUAAUAAGACAUAAGAUAAUCGAAGAAUUGGAAAAGCUGCAUAAUGAAACUGAAAAAGAAAAAAAUGAAUUAUAAAAAUGAAAUGGAAGCAGUCUAUUAAAACAUCGAGUUUUAUGUGAUUAGUAUUUUAAUUUUAUAUAUAAUUUAAUUAAACAAUCCAUUGAUUCAAGUCGUCAUAUGUCCGUUUAUAAAUUUGUUUUAAUUUUUAAUCGGGUCACUAACGCCACGUUGCGUCUUAAGGAAGAACUAAGUCGCAUCAUGCUUGGUCAGGUUCAAUCAGGUUCGAUUAGGUUCGAUUUUGUUAUACGACAGAAUAAUAACAUUCAAGCUAAUUUAAACAUUGUAUAUAAAAUAUACGAAAGUAUUUAAGGAAUAAUAAUAAAUUUCAAUUAUUAAUGAAGACUGCUCCGCAUCAAAGAUUAGUCAUGGUUGGCGAUCGUGACGGAUUGAAAGAGCUUUUAAGACGACGAUUGGUGGAAUGUGGGUGGAGAGAUCAGGUUAAAUUAAUCUGCAAAGAAAUAAUAAAAGAACAUGGUCAUGAUAUAACUUAUGAUACACUACUUUCUAUGGUUACAAGUAAAGCACGAACACUUGUACCUGAUUCCGUAAAGAAAGAAUUGCUACAAAAAAUAAAAAAUCAGCUUGUAGCUCAAGAAGAAAAAUUGAAAAUGUAAAAAUCUUACAGCUUACUUUGACUUUACUUUUUUACCUUACAUAUGAUUUGAUACAUGAUAAAUAUUUUUCAUAUUUGUAUUAUAUUACAUAAACUAAGAGCAAUAUUUAAACAAAGUGAUGCUUAAAUAUUAAUGUUCAAAUCUUAUUCUAAAUGAAAUAUUGAUCAAUUCUUACAAAGUUUGCAGUUCUUCAAACUUUGAUUGUAGAACUAACCUUGCUAACAAUAUAAAAAAUGUAACAUUGUUUGUACAUAAUUAGAGUUAUAUCUUGGUUAUAUUAAGAUGUAUAUGUACAAACAGUAUUUUACUAUAAAUAUCAAUUUUCAUACUAAGAAUUAAGAAAAGAAAAAAAAAUUUUUUUUUUACAAUAAUAUAGUAAUUUUAAAUUUAUGCAGCAGUAAAGCCCUCUUCUAUUUAUAGAGAAUUAAAAGAGUACUGUUUUAAAAUAAAAAUAUAAUAAAAACUAUAUCUUAAAUCUUUUAAUAUCUUCAGGCUUAAGAUCUAUUCUAAGAGAUGCAAUAUGUCUAACUUCUGUAGUAGUUAGUCUCCAUGCUAUUGCAUCUGCACCACAGUAAUCUGCUAAUUCUUCAACUUUUUCUAUACUCAAUAUAGUUGCUAUUUGAGUUAAACGUGCAAAUUUAUCUCGUACAGACCAUGAUGUUGCUGCUGCUAAAUAACUAGCUAAUGAUCUGAUUUCUUUAUCUAAGAUAAGUCCACCAGCCUGAAGCAAUAAAUAUAUAAAGUCAAUAUAUGUAAAUAUAUAUAUAUAUGUGUGUGUGUGUGAAUAGUAUAGAUAAAUUAUUAUAUUAAACAAACACAUACUCUGUUAAAGGUCGAUUUCAAAACAACUUUUUCUAAACGUGCUGUAACUUCUUUAGUCAAAAUACCAAUAAGAGCAUCAUAAUUUGAUGUUGUUAAAUGACCUUUAAAACCUUGAAGUAAACCUUCUAAAUUUGUUACUAAAAUUUGUACAAAAGGUUCAUCUGUUUCAUAUCUUAAUAAUUCAUCCUGAAAAUAUAGUUAUUAUGUAUUAUACUGUUAAAUAAUUUUAUUAAUACUAUAACCUUACAUGUAAAUAAAGACAGAUUUAAUAAUAUACUUUUAUUUUGUACCAACCUCAUUAAUAUGAUGAUCUAUAGACAAAAAGGCAUCUACCCAAGGUGUUACUCUAGGUUUUACAGCACUUACACGUAAUUGUUCUAACCCAUAAUCAGUAAUAGCCCUUAAGAUAGAAGUUACUCCUUUUAAACCAGAAAGACAACUGUCUAUUUUUCCUCUAUCUUUUUCUGCCAUAUUAGGAAAAGUUGCAUCUAUUUCUGCAGUCAGAGUUUUGCAUAAUGUUUCAACAUAUUCAAUACUAACAUCUGUAUUGUUUAAAUAUGCC